AUGAGCGAUAAAGAAUUCUACACUUGUCCUUACGAUUCUAGUCAUCGCAUUCAUAGGACUCGAAUGGCUAGACAUUUAUUAAAAUGUAAAAUUAACCAUCGUAAUGUAAACGUGAUAGUUUGUCCUUAUAACAAAUUACAUGUACUGGAUCCGUAUCAAUAUGAAUAUCAUCUAACUGUAUGUGAAGAACGUAAAAACUUCGAAAAUUUUGUUUACGAAACGGAAAAUAAACAGCUUGAUACUUCAUUUCCCGAAGUUCAAAAUAUUAAAUUUUCACGAUCUUCAGAAAAUUGGGACAAUUCAGGAAAUGUAGUAUCUUACCAUUCGCAUCUUGUUCAGGAUGGUGUAACCAAUCCAACUACUCGACGUCAAGAAGCUUUAGAUAGAAACGAAGACUAA